AUGGACUUUCAUGUCAUUGGUGGACAACUAUGUGUGAAAACAUUCUUGGCUACCUGGUCAAUCAAGCACAUGAGCAACAAGGGUAUCAGCCUUGACCACUCCGACUCUUACAGUGAUAUGAUUGAGCAGGCCUCAAAGCUGACGCAAAAGCAGGUGGAAGUUAUUUUGGAGAUAACACAGGUUGAGGAUGAUAGUAAUCGGCAUGCGAUGGCAGAUAAUGAGAUAGAGCAGGAGCCUUCACAUGGAGAUGGUCACCCAAAGAAGAGACAGAAAACACAACAGAAUGCAAACCUCCAUAAACAUACUGCAUCUAGCCCCCUAUCUGUCAGCAUCAUAUUGCCUGGUCUUGGUGAUGUCUUGGGCAUUUGUUCAGCUCUGGAACUUGCUCCCACAUGGGCUAUGCCAUUAGCAGAGAUAUCAACCAACAUCUUGGCAGCAAAGAUAAGCCUUAAUGAGUUCUGUACCUGUGAUGAUCUUUUGACAGAGAAGGUCAAGCUAGAUCUGGCAGAGAUAGGAGACAUUCAUGAUGCACAGGAGAGGUGGUCAUGGGAGUACAAUCUUGAUGUGGAUGAUUUGAUAAUGAAAAAGGCCUGCUCAAUAGGAUUGUAA